AUGCUUGGUUCAGAUAGAAUGACCUCCUCCUCACCAGAAGAAGAAUUUGAUGCAUCAUCAAUUGUUGUAUCCUCACUCAUGAAUUCAACCUCCUCCUCUUCCUCGACAAUCAAUCAGAACACGAAUGAUGAAAUGCUUUCCAAACUAAUCUUUCAACAGGCGGCACUUUUCCAACAAGCUUCCAAUAUUUCUCAAUCAAAUCAACCAAAGUUUGAACACCUCAUAUCCGAUAACGUUAGUAGUGGAAGUGGCAAUCAUCACAUGCUUCAUGAUUGUUUCUUUACUCCAACAACAACAGCAAAUACAACAAUAACUUCCUCAUCAGCAAAUAAUGCAACAACAACAACAACAGGUAAUCAAAUAUUCGGCCAGAGCAAUGACAUGUCUUCUAAUUUUGAUUCAUUCCUCUUGUCUUUUUCCUCCCAAACUUCAACACCACCUCCAAACAAUGUUAAUAAUAAUACAAAUAAUAAUAAUAAUAAUCAUCACCAACAACAACAAUUACUUUCGGAACAACAACAACACCAUCAACAACCAUCAAACUCGGCGAUUCUUCCACAAGGUUUGCUGCCCAAUACCAACACCAACAACAAUCAACAUGUAACGGCUAUGAAUCUUUCCGAUGCCAUGAUAAUUUCAGAAUCCUUUCAAACCUCCUCGAGUCAUCCACAGGUGCCAACGGGUUUGUCUUCCACAACCACAAACACCAACACUACUAAAAAAGACUCCAAUUUGCAUUCACUCCCACCAAAUAAUAAUACUAAUAAUUUAAUUGGAAGUGUUGGAGCUUCUCAAACAGCUACUGCUGCUGGUGAUUCAAGUUUGCAAGCAUACUUGAUGACUGCUGCUGCUAAUGGUAGUAGCCAACCAUCAUCAUCAUCACAGCAACAACAAAAUUCUAGUAAUACUGAUAGCAAUAAUAAUAAUACUACAACUACAUGUAACAAUAAUACUUCUCAAAUGGAGAAUGAUAAUUCUGCAAGUCAACAAACCUCCGAUGAAAAUCCAGGUUCAAACUUGCACCCAAUUGCAUGCACUCGUUGCAGAGAAAGACACAAACGAUGCGACAGAAAGUUACCUCAAUGCAGCUAUUGUGAAAAGCAAGGUUUACAAUGUGUUUACACAACUCCAAAGAAGCAGAGAAGAGUUUAUCAGAGAGCUGUUCCUGUACCUGCAGGAAAUGAUGUUUCCAGUAUUACUAUGGUCACUGGAGGUGGUUCAACAGGUAGUUUUUUCACAUCCUCGAGGACACCAAUUACGAAUCCAGGAACUCUCAAUUUACUAGCUAGGAGAGGUUCAGUCGAUUCAACCUUUUCCAACAUUUCAACAGCCACUAGUGGAGGUAUUUCAACAACAAGCUCAACAGCUGGUACAACUAGUGGAUCCAGUGGAAAUGAAAUGGAAACAGCUAACGCUUUUGAAAUUUUCACCUUCAGAUGGCAAGCAGGUGGAUCCAAUUCUCAAAACACCAAAACAGAAAAGAAGAGAAAGAGUUCAUGUGAAACAUCCAAUGUACAAAAAAGAAAUUCCGUUUCAAAAUUAACAUCUCCUUCCAAGUCUCACAUGGGACAAGCCGACUCUUCAAUGCAACAAAAUCAAGAUAGCUCAUUUGAAAAUUAUUCAUUCCCAAGGAAGGCAAAGAAAUCGAACAAGAAAUCUACUCCUACAAAAUCUGUCAUCCAGCAACAUCAUCAACAGCAUCAACAACAUCAAAUGAUGGACAAUCAAACUAACAAUACUUUCCAUCCAGAUAAUCAAACUAUUUUCUUCAACAAUAAUCAAAACAAUAUGGAUGCUAUCAACUCUUCCAUCAGUUCCAUCAUUUCACAAGGUCUAUUGAUGAAUCAACAGAAGGAAAUUACUCAAGAUCACAUUAAUAUUCUUGGAACUUCCAAUCCAAAUGUACCAACAAUGUUGAUGAAUUUGGAUAAUAAUAUGUUAUUUGGAAAUCAAAACAUGUCAUUCGCUUCAACUCAAAAUAUUGUUAUGAAUGCUUCAAUCUUUAGAAAAGCAUAUUUUGAUUUCUAUUUUAGAUACAUUUCACUUGGUUAUUCUUGGGUUCCACAAGAAGUUUUUGAUUCUGUAUUAUUUGGCACUGAAGCCAUGAGUUCAGUCUUUGGCAAUGAUAUCAUGUCACUUCUCUAUGCUAUUCAUGCCAUUACUGCACUCGUGAUGGGCAAUAGUGUUGAAGCUGAUAUGGCUUAUCACAAAUCUGAACUGUUAUUGCCACCUUUACCAGAUAAUUCCUUGACAUCCCUUUUGAAUAAUGGAUCUCUUACCAUCAACUCUACCAACUCUGUUGCUAGAAAUCUUGUUCUUGCUCAUUAUUUAUUGUCGGUUGGAAACUUGGCAGGUUCAAAGAGGUAUUUGAGAUUGGCUGAUGGUGUUCUCACAAAAUAUUCACCAAAUUACAUGAGUCAAACCUAUAUUAAUUGUAUGGCUUCUUCAGAUGAGGAAGAUGCUGGUGGUCUCACUCAUGAAAAUUCAGUCUUUGCAAAGGUUCCAAAUCAAAUCAUGUUAUUGAUGAAGUAUAGAGUUUAUGUUGGAUUCAAAUAUGAUGAAAUUCAAUUUAUUAUGGAUAGAGGAUUGGAUUACGUUAAUGGUUUGGUCAAUUUUACUCAACCUGUUCAAGCUAGAAAUCAACCUUUGAACUCUGUUUGUCUUCCUGAUGAUUGUACAAUUUCAUUCAGAUCUUUUGUUGGUAUGACCAUGCUCACAAGUUACUUGCAUGCCACUGGUACUAUACCGAAUGAAAUUAUUACCAUCACCACACAACCAUUGUCUUCAGAAAAUAUCAAGAUUUAUCUCACACUUUCACUCCUUCUCAGAAAGAAGAUUAAGGGACAAACAAAGGCAAGAAUGCAAAUGUACACUGGAAAUCAAGAAGCUGUUUUGGCAUCACCAUUAUCUUUACUCAUUGAUUUAUUCUCUCUUUCCUGCAGUAUUUUAAUGUUGCACGAGACUAUGUGUAAUCAAGGACUUUAUCAAAGCUCAACAACAGAUCAAUUACAGUACACUUCAGUCAUGUUCCAAUAUGCUGAUCAAAUGAAGGAUAUCAUCUCCCAAAUUCCAACAGAAUCCAUCGAUGUAUCAUAUAUGUAUUUGGGAAUUUUAUACUUGUUGGUAAUGUACUUUAAACAAUUGGAAGAAAUUGAAAAUCAAGCCAUUUCUAAAGGUUUCUCACUCCACAAUAAUGAUAUUUUCCACAAACAAUUGGCCUCACUUUCCAUUGUUCACAAAUUUGUUGCUGUCAUUACAAACAAGUAUCCAGUUGUUAUGGACAAAUACAAGAGUACUGUUGAAAGAAUUGGUUUAUUCCUCAACAAGUAUCAAAUUAUGAAUUAUCAAUAAAUGUUAAAUAGGUGAAUGUU